UACAAAAGUGCGUUUCAAAUAGCGCGCAUUUUGAUUGGUCAAAGCUAUUGGAUCGGGUUCGCGACCAUUAGAUCAGCAGAAUUUCGGCCAUGAAGAUCGAGGAAGUGCAGUCCACAGCCAAGGCGCAGCGCAUUGCGUCGCACACGCACGUGAAGGGGCUGGGUCUGGAGGCAGAUGGCACAGCGCUGCCCAUUGGAUCGGGACUUGUAGGCCAGGAAAAGGCCCGCGAGGCGGCAGGACUCGUCGUGGAGCUCAUUAAGUCGAAAAAAAUGGCAGGCCGCGCGCUGCUGCUCGCAGGAGCCCCCGGCACUGGUAAGACAGCUAUGGCGUUGGGUAUUUCCCAAGAGCUGGGACCUAAAGUUCCGUUCUGUCCCAUGGUGGGCUCCGAGGUAUACUCAUCUGAGGUCAAGAAGACGGAGAUUUUGAUGGAAAACUUCCGUCGCGCCAUUGGGCUUCGCAUCAAAGAGAGCAAGGAAGUUUACGAGGGAGAAGUGACGGAGAUGACGCCUGAGGAGACAGAGAAUCCACUUGGAGGAUACGGCAAGACCAUCUCUCAUGUUAUUGUGGGACUUAAGACAACCAAAGGCUCGAAGCAGCUGCGACUGGACCCCAGUAUCUACGAGUCACUGCAGAAGGAGAAGGUUUCGGUAGGUGACGUUAUCUAUAUUGAGGCCAACAACGGUAGUGUCAAGCGAGUUGGACGUUCGGAUGCCUAUGCUACCGAAUACGAUCUUGAAGCGGAGGAGUACGUGCCCAUCCCCAAGGGCGAUGUGCACAAGAAGAAGGAGCUGAUCCAAGACGUGACGCUGCACGAUCUGGAUAUCGCCAACGCUCGGCCUCAAGGUGGACAGGACAUCAUGUCCAUGAUGGGUCAGAUGAUGAAACCAAAGAAGACGGAGAUCACCGAGAAAUUGCGAACGGAGAUAAACAAGGUUGUCAACAGAUAUAUUGACCAGGGCGUGGCUGAGCUGGUGCCCGGUGUCCUCUUCGUGGACGAGGUUCAUAUGCUGGACAUCGAGUGCUUCACGUACUUGAACCGCGCGCUGGAGUCGACUCUGGCCCCAAUCGUCGUGUUCGCCACCAACCGCGGCGUCUGCCAGAUCCGCGGCACUGACGUUUCGUCUCCUCAUGGUGUUCCGCUCGAUCUGCUGGAUCGCAUGCUUAUCAUCCGUACAAUGCCGUACUCGGUGGAGGAAAUGGUGCAGAUUAUCAAGAUCCGCGCCGAGGCCGAAAACAUCAAGCUCUUGGAAGACGCCACCGUACGAUUGGGCGAGAUUGGGUCACAGACGUCGCUGCGAUACAGUGUGCAGCUGCUGACGCCGUCCCGGAUCCUCGCAGAGACCCAAGGCCGCUCCGACGUGUCAGUGGACGACAUUGACGAGACGAACGACCUCUUCAACGACGCCAAGCGCUCGGCGCAUGCACUCGCCCAGACGGAGGGAUACCUUUUGUAACGACAGACAAAGAUAUCUAGAACUCAAGGGUCUGGCUAAAAUACACUUGAAGGGUCACUUACCAUUGUGCUCUUUGGCUUUGCUGUUCUCCUCUUGUUGUA